AUGCAAUUAUUUUCGGAGACGACGAGCGACAAUGAGGGAGAAGGUACGAAAUCACUUGAAAUAUCUAAUGCCGAUGAGAUCACAAUAGAUGGAAACGAAUAUUUACGCAAGGGAUUACGAGGCAAAACCAGAGAAGAAAUGAAAAAGCAACAAUGUGGAACUAGGUGGAUGAGGUUUAAUGAACAUGCACAGUUUCCCAUUAAACAUUUUACGUUAAAUUACACCGCAUUACCUUCGUCAUAA